AUGUUCUUCUGGCCAGUGCUCUCGCAGCUGCAUGCUUCAGGUGUCAGCCUGAGCGUUCUGUGCCUGUCCACUGGAAAUUUCGAUGGCCUUGGUCAUAUUCGACAAGACGAAAUGCUCAGGUCAUGCGAUCGAAUAGGUGUGCGUGGUGAAGCAUUGGGAGUCCUAGACGUGGCCGAGUUGCAGGACGGAUGGCAAGAAUGGUCUGCCGACAUCGUUGCUGCCAAGGUUAUCGAUUUUCUAGCCAAGCGUGGCGCACACGCAGUGCUGACAUUCGACAACAAGGGUGUAUCAGGCCAUCCAAACCAUGUCUCUACCAGUGCAGGUGUUCAGCGGGCACUUGAGCUUUCGCGACGAGAUUCUCAGCUUCCUCACUUCGAUUUGUUUUUACUGAAGAGUGUUGGCAUCCACGAGAAGUUCUUGGGCCCCCUCUCCUUGCUGCUUGGGCAGGAAUCCUCCUCUGACGCUGCUGCCGUCUCCUGCAGCCCGUUAGCAUGCCUCGCUGCCUUGGCAGUCCACUGGUCGCAGCUUGUGUGGUACAGAGUCCUGUUCACGAUCUUCUCGCGCUACGCGUAUGCGAACACCUUCGUCAAGUUUGUUCCGCCAGAGAGAUCCCAAGCUCAGGAUGUUGGGGAGCAGUGUGCAAAGGAUGACUAA